CUAGAGGGCACCCCGGUGUUUGUCCAUGCUGGACCGUUUGCCAACAUAGCUCACGGUAACUCCUCCAUCCUUGCCGACAUGCUGGCCCUGAAACUGGUGGGGAGGGACGGCUUCGUUGUGACCGAGGCAGGUUUCGGAGCCGACAUUGGGAUGGAGAAAUUCUUCAACAUUAAGUGCCGCUACAGUGGGCUGGUUCCGAGCUGUGCAGUUCUGGUAGCUACAGUCAGAGCCCUCAAGAUGCACGGUGGAGGACCCACUGUCGUGUCGGGAAGACCUCUGGACCCAGUGUACUGCCAGGAGAACCUCUCUCUUCUGGAGACUGGCUUUGCCAACCUCCAGAAACACAUCUAGAGAACACCCGUCUGUUUGGCGUACCAGUUGUCGUGGCUAUCAAUAGAUUUGUGACUGAUUCAGAGAGUGAAUUGGAGCUGGUGCAGAAAUUGAGCAGAGAGGCUGGGGCAUUUGAUGCUGUCAUCUGCAGUCACUGGGCCCACGGAGGUGCAGGUGCUGUAGCUCUAGCUAAGGCCGUCAAAAGGGCCGUCAAGAGCCCGUCAAACUUCACCUUUCUCUAUCCCCUCACCCUGUCAUUGGAGGAGAAAAUUAGGACAAUCGCCCGACAGAUUUACGGUGCCGACGACGUCACGCUAUCUGAGGAGGCACGGAUAAAAAUAGAACGCUAUGAAAAGUACGGGUUCGGCAGUCUCCCCAUUUGUAUGGCAAAGACGCACCUCUCGCUGUCUCACGACCCGCAAUUGAAGGGGCGUCCCUCGGGAUUCGUUGUGCCGAUCCGCGACGCCCGAGCAAGUGUGGGCGCUGGAUUUAUCUACCCUCUAGUGGGAGCUAUGUCGACCAUGCCUGGUUUGCCCACCCGACCGUGUUUCUAUGACAUAGACAUUGACCCAGAGACAGAAGAGAUAACUGGCCUCUUUUAGGCGAAAUAUUUUUGCUAUAUAGAAAUAGUGGAGGUGUGUGUAGUCUAGUAGUGGAUGCGCGUGCGUGCGUGACGGCGGAGCGGGAAAUUUCAGCACCGGCUAUAUAGGCUGAAAAGAAAGCGUGUUGUGGAGUUGAACGGUGCGUGCGCCUUAUAUCCUGCAUCAUGUACAGAAGAAAUGUCAAGGUAGCGGCGCUCGGUGCGCUAGUAUCGUCCUCUUUGGUGCUGAUGUACUUAGUUUGGAGUCGUUACGUUCUUCCCGACGUCGAACCCGUGAGAAAGACGGACUAUGCCGAGGAGGACGGGAAAACUGCGAUGUUUGGGGAAAGCAGAGCUCUCGUGAGCGGCAAGAACAAGGAUGUAGUAGCCGUCGAAAAGAGUGGGGGCCGUAUCUAUAGUGGUGGGUGUGCCGGAGUCGACACUCGAAAGAUUGUCACUUGGAAGCGUGGGCUGGUGACAGAGCUGCAGCCGAGCAUCGUCAAGAACUGCGAAAAGUUGAAGCUGAGCGUGCCGCAGGAGCAGGCCAGCGUCCGUCUGGCCCUCAAGUCGUGGAAACCGCGAGAGACGGACGGAGAGUUUCGGCAGAGAAUGACCCAGUGCCCACAGGUGUGGAGCGAGUUCUCGGAGCACAGCUUCUACAAUUCCGAAGAGGAAGUAAACUUUCCGAUCGCCUACGUUCUCGUCUUCCAUAACAACAGCCGGCAGAUAAUCCGCCUGCUAAAGGUCCUGUGGAGACCACAGAACGUAUUCUGCUUGCACCCGGACGCCAAACAAGGUCCAGAGUUUGUGUCCUUCUUCAGAUCCUUCGCAUCUUGUUUCGAUAACGUGUUCAUCUCCUCGAAACUGGAGCGGAUCAUAUACGCACACCACACCAUAAUGGACGCGCAGCUAAACUGCAUGGAAGACCUUCUAGCUCUGAAGGAGUCUAGAUGGAGGUACACCAUCGCACUCUGUGGUACUGAAUUACCUCUGAAAACAAAUAGGGAGAUAGUUGCAGGGCUGAAGCGGCUCAAAGGUGGUUCGGGGAUAACUACGCAUGCACUGAACGACAAUGCAAAGAGUAGGUUCGACAAGAAGAUUGAAAUCGGUCCAAAUGACGAAAUUCAAUUUACCACUGCACGUCUCGGCCCCCCACCGCACGGGAUCGAGCUGAGAAAGAGCUGGGAUUUCUUUGCACUCACGAGACCUUUCAUCAACUUCAUCCUCACCGAUCAGCGGGCGAUUGAUUUCCGCGAGUACUGCAGAGGAGUUUUCAUCCCCGAGGAGCACUUUUUUGCCUCUCUCUUCUGGAUGAAAGAUGCCCCGGACGGCGAAAACAGGAGAGACAAAACGGGGAUCAUACCUCUCGUCGAGGACAUGGUGUGGGUGCAGGGAGACCCGAAAAGAGCCCCGGCGUGCGCAGGGAGCAUCGUCCACCAGAUUUGUAUACUUAGCUCCGGAGAUCUGGGGACCGUCUACAAGAAGGGGGUGCUGAGUCACACAAAUAGAUUCUUCUACAACAAGUAUUUCAUGCACCUCGAUCACGUGGUAAUGGACUGCAUGGAGGAGAGAUUGGUUCAGCAGAACAAGAUUGAGUAUUUCAAGGAUUGCUUAUUAUAACAUUUUGUACAUUUUGUUAGGUCUCCCACUGUCCAUCAGGUUACAUUAAAUACAGUAGAAUCUUCUCAUACAGAUUGUGUCCUAUAAUUAAUUAUAUCGAAACAAGAGUGUCCACCAUAAUUAUAUAUUUACUGGCAA